GGCUCCUGCCCGAGGCUGUAGGUCACUGACAGCCUGUUGUUGGACAGCUUGAGUCGCUCCAGCAGAUGUGUAGAUGUAUGUACGUACAUUCUGAGGUUGUUUCUUUGUUGCCUCUCAUUCACUGUGCUGUGAAUCCAUUAACAUGAACCGUGUGGUGUAAAUAAGUCCUCAUGCCCUCAGAAUCUUCUCCACCUCUGGUCUCUUACUGACCUUCUCUGGUUCUGUUUCUUCCAUCCUGAGGUGCAGCUGCAGGAAAAGCAGCCUUAUCUCUCUUCUCACCACAUGGCGGAGACGUCCAUGUCCGUCUUACUGCUGCAGGCCAAGGACGGCCUGAUGGCCUCACGUGUCCUCUAUCCUCCCACCAGACUCUUCUCCUUGUUUCCAGGAUACUUCAAGUUUAAAAGAGGAUUUCCAAACAGAUUCUUCCUCUGAUGUUCAAAGGAGGGUCAAACCUUGAGUCUCACCAAAAUGUCAAAUACAACCCAUGAUAGAAACUUGCUCCAACAUUUGAUCGCACCACAACGUGCACCCACUGAACUACGUCCUGUUCGCUCAAGGACACAGGCGCAAAUCCAACCCGUCAAGGUUUCAACUAUUGUUUACGAUUUUUUUCUCCUCUGUUGUGGCUCUUGCAUCAGCCUGACCUGGCUGGUAGUCAGCUCACACCACAUAUAAAGAGGAAGCCCCGACUGCUGAGGCAGCGCUCAUCAUCUUCAUUUCAAGUUUGUGCAGCCGUGUUUUAGCCUGCCUUCUUAUGGAUCUGAUCUCUGCUUGUGAACGGAUGAUGCCUCAAGUGGGUUUGGACACCACAGUGGCAGACCUGGUCCCCAUGUCCCACAAUGCCUCUGCUGUGGGAGCACAGGGCAUCUCCGUGGUGACCAGAACUUUAAUACUGCUCAUCUGUCUGCUGCUGGUGGCCUGGAACAGCAGGGAGAAGAAAUCUGUACCAGGCCCUUCUUUCUGUCUGGGCUUGGGGCCACUUCUGUCAUAUCUGAGAUUCAGCUGGACCGGCAUCGGCACAGCCAGCAACUACUACAACAAGAAGUAUGGAGACAUCGUCAGAGUCUGGAUCAAUGGGGAGGAAACCCUCAUACUCAGCAGGGCGUCAGCAGUGCACCAUGUUCUGAAGAAUGCACAGUACACGUCACGGUUCGGGAGCAGACAGGGACUCAGCUGCAUCGGCAUGAAUGAGAGAGGCAUCAUAUUUAACAACAACGUGAAUCUGUGGAAAAAGAUACGCACCUAUUACACCAAAGCCCUGACCGGCCCCAGCCUGCAGCAGACAGUGGAGGUUUGCGUCUCCUCCACACAGACUCACCUCGACAACCUGGACGGUCUGGAUCAGGUGGACGUCCUCAGUUUGCUGCGCUGCACCGUGGUAGACAUCUCCAACAGACUGUUCCUGGGUACACCUGUGAAUGAGAAAGAGCUGCUGCUGAAGAUCCAGAAGUAUUUUGACACUUGGCAGACUGUGCUGAUCAAACCAGACAUUUACUUCAAGUUCGGCUGGAUUCACCAGAGGCACAAGGCAGCAGCCCAGGAGCUGCAGGAUGCCAUAGAGAGUCUUGUCGAACAGAAGAGGAGAGAUAUGGAGCAGGCUGAUAAACUGGACAACAUCAACUUCACUGCAGAGCUCAUAUUCGCACAGAACCACGGCGAACUGUCUGCAGAGAAUGUGAGGCAGUGUGUGCUGGAGAUGGUGAUCGCAGCACCAGACACUCUGUCCAUCAGCCUCUUCUUCAUGCUGCUGCUGCUCAAACAGCAUCCAGACGUGGAGCUGCAGCUGCUGCAGGAGAUAGACACAGUUAUCGGUGAGAGACAGCUUCAGAACGGGGACCCUCAGAAGCUGCAUGUGCUGGAGAGCUUCAUCAACGAGUGCCUGCGGUUCCACCCUGUGGUGGACUUCACCAUGCGCCGAGCUUUGUCUGAUGACAUCAUAGAUGGCUACAGGGUGUCGAAGGGAACAAACAUCAUUCUGAACACCGGCCACAUGCACCGCACAGAGUUUUUCAACAAACCCGACGAAUUCAGACUUGAAAACUUCGAAAAAAAUGCUCCUCGCCGCUACUUCCAGCCGUUCGGGUCAGGCCCCCGCGCCUGCGUCGGUAAGCACAUCGCCAUGGUGAUGAUGAAAUCCAUCCUGGUAACGCUGCUCUCCCAGUACUCUGUUUGCCCCCAUGAGGGCCUGACCCUGGACUGCCUCCCACAGACCAACAACCUCUCCCAGCAGCCUGUAGAGCAUCAGCAGGAGGCAGAAUCUCAUCUCAGCAUGAGAUUCUUACCCAGACAGAGAGGCAGCUGGCAGACGCUCUGAGGCUCACUUGUACUGAUGCAUUCAAACAGAGUACAUACACACACUAUAUUAUCUUCUUCCCCUGUAUUAUCUUGUGACUGUACAAAGCUGACUUUUAUAUUUUCUGUGUAUUAUAGUUGUAUUAUUUCAAAUCCUCUCCGUGACUCGUAAAUGUAGACGUGCUAAUACUGAAGUAAAUGUAAAUUAUUGUGCCAGUGUUUUGUUUUGUCCUUUUUUUCAUGCACUCAGAAUAAACUAAUUGCAUAAACAUUUUCUAUCUAGUCCCAUCUAGAAUUCGUCCAGUAUGAUGUUGUUGAAUAAUGAAUUACCUGAGCCUGAUUACAU